UAAUUUAAUGAAUUAGUAAUGAAAUGAUUAUUUUGCCACCCUGCAAGCUGCGCGGCCACUGUCGCUGUGUCUAUGUAGCCUAUAAAUGAGCGGUUGUGACAUUUCUGCACGACUUGCGCCCAUCAGUGGUAAUCUAUUGAUUUGAUUUUAAAAACGUUUUUCUUUUCUUUUUCGCCUGAGGCUCAGAAACGCAUUAAUUAGCAGCAGCUCCGUUGGCACCGCAUGUCUUCACGUUGACGGGACGCACGCGUUUGGUUUAUUCAUUUCACGCGUUGCACUUCCUCCCCCACGCUCCCAUCCUAUUACACCCUCUCCGCCCGCAGCGAGGCACUUUGGGAUGGAGUGAGAAAGAGAAAGGGAGCGCGAGAGAGAGAAAGGGAGAGCGAGAGAGCGCAGCAGCCGAUGUUCAGCAUCUCAUUCUUCUUCUUUCCCUUAACCGAAGGGCGAGCACGCGAUUUUUGGACACGAAGCGCACAAUUUUCACCUUUUUAAAGCAGCUUCUUCUGAGACGUUUUGAAUACUAAACAGCCCCAGGAGGAUCUCUGGACAAGAGAGGAAGCAUCUGUGCUCGUCCGCUCGCUACUUAGAACACUGGAGCCACAGAGACCACCUUUGAACCCAACACGGUCUCCAUGGAUAUGGAUACGGACCAGCAUCCCCCUGCCAGUGGUGGGGAGACCUCCGGCGCCGUGACGACGCAGCCUCCCCCCUCGCAGACGGACUCGUUCCCGUGCCUGCGGCCGCUGACCCUCCCCCGGGAGCACGUAUCCUCUGAGGUGGUGGUGGUGGUAGUCAAGGACAGGACGGAGAACGGUGAGACCGGGGGACUGAAGAAGAAGAAGAGAAGCGAGUCUCUGAAAUACCACAGUGCGCACAAUGUGCACUCGUCAGACCUCGCCUCUCCGACGUCGUCCUUCGUGGCGCGGGGACCCCCGCGGCGGAGCCAUUCCAUCCCACACUCGCACCACUCGCAGCUGGGGCGCACGCGGACCGGCAGCCGCAGCGGCUCCAUCGCCUACACCGCCUUCUCGCCGCGGCCGUCGCUCUCCCGCCACUCCAGCAUCGCCACCAGCGCCCCCGACACCAGCAAGCCCCGCGACUACCUGCUGCUCGCCAUCAUCGCCUGCUUCUGUCCCGUCUGGCCAAUCAACAUCGUCGGCUUCGUCUACUCCAUCAUGUCUCGCAACAGUCUAGAACAGGGGAACAUCGACGGAGCCCGGCGCCUGGGUCGUGUUGCUAAGCUACUGUCCGUGGUGUCGCUGGUGGGCGGUGUGGUCAUCAUCGUGGCGUGUGCAGUCAACCUCUCCAUAAAUGUGAAGGCCUGAGAGGAGGGGAAGCGCUUUCCUGCCCUGAGACUGUGACCUUUGAUCCCUAAGGACCACGUGGCGUAUCCGUUGCCCUCUUGAUCGCAUCAUCUCCAUGACGACCCCCCAGUGCCCUUGUCGCUAGAUAUCUCAUCUCAGCACCCCUUCAGCUCACGGACGUCACCAAGCAGCCCUGCAGGAUGCUGUUACCCAGGGUUACGGUAUCCUAGGAUCACAGAUGAUGGAGUGAUAAGAGGCUCACUGAGUGGAACUGACCCGAUACGAGUCUGAAUCGGAACUGAUCCAACCGCACCAACACCCCAGUGACUGUCACCCUCGUCCCCCAAAACCUCUCACUCUCAGACCUCGAGCGACUCAAGGCGGACCCAGUCUCUGGAUCAGCCGUGCCCCUGCUGAGCUGAUGGUCUCUUCCUUUGAAAUGGAGUACUGUUGGAAAAGGCUGAUUAGGGGACAUCAUGUCCUGUUAGGUGUGCUUACAACCACUGAGGCUGAAGGAAGGAAGGGUUCAAUGUGACCGCUAUGAACCCCCCCCCCC